GGUGCUAUGGCCGAGACUGGCAGAGUGUUUAACUUUAUUUUACUUUUCCAAUGUUUUAUGAAUGUGUUGGGAUACGACCCAAAAAACCACCCAUGUUGCCAAGAACCAGGCCAGAACGUCACCUUGGCCAUGAUAAUCGAUGCCUUCGAGAUCUACGGACAUGAUCCUACGGACAAGUUGGAUCAUUUAGCGCACUACCAGCUUCAGAUGAUGAAGAUCAAAAAGGCGCCUGAUCAGUACAUGAUCAAUGAGUACGUGCACAUCGCGGUGGAUCAUCUCGGCAGGUUCAUCCACAUGCACGUCAAGGAGCUGAAGGUGCUCCUAAUAGCACUGGAAGAUGCGAUAGACAACAUGCUAACGAUGUAUGACAACCACAACGCCAUCAAGACGGAGCGCGUUGCCACCUACAACGCGGGUGCAGGCGGCGCCGUGCCUUCAGAGUUCUACCUCAGUCAAGAAUACUACUGCGGUCGCAACGUGUACAUCUUCGUGUCGGAGCUGUACAGCGACAUUUACAACAUGGGGCGCGGGCCGGCGCCCUACUGCAAGGGCCGCGGCUUCCAUUUCCUCGGCUUCGUGCACUUUAUGGAUGACAACAAGUAUUAUCUCGAGGAAGACCCGAGCUUGACCUUUGCUACUGAUAAUUAUUUGCAUGGGCUCGAGUGCCAUCUUCAAGUCUGCAUAUACAGGUUCCCAUUCAAGAAAGGCUUGCAGCACGUCCGCGACGUGGUGACGCUGCCGAAGGCGCUGGUGAAGUGCGGCACAGAGGUGUACAAGCUGCCGCCGCUCACCGCCGCCUCCUGCAUCAUCACCUCCGGCUCCUUCAUCCUCGACUUCAACGUACAGGGCAUACGGUUCCGCCACUACGACUACAUGCUAUUCCUACCGAACGGGCAGGCAUACUACACGAAGGAGAAGUAUAGCCCUCUCUUCUGCGACCACCACGUGUGCGAAUGGAACAGCACCAACUUUUAUGGAGGUCCUUUCACAAUCCCUGGCGACCCUGGCACUGGUCUAUCACCCAUACCACCAUGGUUGGAGUCCAGCACUCUACCCCCCAACGCCUAUACCACUCCAAGUGGUAACAACGCUUUUGACACCAGCAACGUUACCUAUUCUCUAGACGGAUGCUGGUUCAUGUUCCCCCCGAACUACGGGUCCAUCGCGGGCAUCAGCUAUCUGGACCCGCUCACUAUCAACGAGUACAGAUUCACGUGCCAGGGCACCGGCAACAAGGGUCUAUACUGGUACCCGCAAUGGAUGGGCGCGCCGCCGCACCACCCGUACCCGCAGGCGGGCGAUAUGCCCAAGCACCAGGAGGGCGGUGGAGACACCUUCUACCCACACCAGCAGGGGCCGCAGCCCCCGCCGCUUAUUGUACCACGGCUAGCAGACUAAAUAUAGAUUGUUUUUU